AUGGCGACCGCAGGGUCCGCCGAGCGGCCUGGCACACCGGCCGGAGCCGCCGCCGGCACGUCCCGGUCCGGAGCGGGGCCCGGAGCCCGGUGCCGCCCCGGGUCCGGCCCGCCCGAGGAGGACGAGCCCAAGAAGUGCGCGGCGUGCGCGGAGACACGAGCCGGCGGCAGCCCGGCCUGCGGACACCCGGCCUGUCCGCUCUGCCUGGCCCGGAGACACUCCGGCGGCGAGGAGCGGCUCCGCAGGAGGAGUGACCCCGAGAGGAGCAGCAGCAGGCCGGGCAGGAGGGACUGCGACAGCCGGAGAGAGUUGUUUGUGCCUCCGUCGCUCAUCCCAAAGUCUGCAGACGUCUUUUCAAGCCCGACCGGGAAACACAAGCUGCCGGCGUCUGAAGACAGAGAAGACACGAAGAGGAAAAACUCCCUGAUCUGCAAAGACGAGUCCGGAUCUGUCCGCCGUGAAGAAGAACCUGGAGUUCUGUCCGACUCUGAGAACGAAGAGCCGAUCAGUCGGAGGAUCAGAAACAUCUCGGCCUUCAUCAGGAAAACCAAAAACUCUUCAGCCUUCACCGGUGGUAGUCAGAGGAGUCGCAGCUGCACCGACCCGGUGGAGGACCGAGGAGGGAAGCUCAAGGUGGUCGCUCAGCCGGCGGCCAUGUUGGACCGGGUUGGUAUCAGUCACAGCUUCGCAGCAGGAAUCCUUCUUUCCUCGGAGAACAGCCGCUCGCUGUCUGCGCCCAUCACCGCCCCCGACCGCCGCCUCACCUGGCGAGCCGUGCUGACGUCGUCGACCCCGCUGGGCCUCCCUCCACCUCGACCCGAACGCUCCAUCAGCCCUGAGAGCAACGACAGCAUCUCCGAGGAGCUCAACCACUUCAAGCCCAUCGUGUGCUCACCGUGCACGCCGCCCAAGCGCCUGCCGGACGGCCGCCUCAUGGAGCCCACCAUCGUCAAGUCCACGCCGAGGAACCUGACCCGCGGCCUGCAGAAGGCCACCAGCUACGAGGCGAGUCCAGCCGUGCUGCAGAAGUGGAGGCAGAUCGAACUGGACCGCCAGAGCCUCAAAGUCAACUCCAAGGCCACGCUGACGAGUCCCGUCUCCGAGCUGCACAGUAAGACCAACGGCGGGGACGACGCCGCCAAGACGCACCCGUCGCCGGCCGGGAACCGGAGGAGGCUGCUAUUCGACCCUCCAGAUUCAGACGCCUUCCAGAAACAGUCGGUGAAGAUCCGAGUUCCUGCGAUCCGCUACAGCAGCGACUCGACCUUCAGAGGAAGCUCCGAGUCCUGCACUCCUGAGUCCGGCAGCGGGGGGGCGCUGUUCGGACGCAAGCAGUCGUUCUCGCCGUACACCAAGAACUCUGGUUUCCAGUCGUGUAAACUAGUGCCAAAGGACCAGCAGAGUCCGAGGAAGGAGUCCGACAGUAGCAUCCACAACCAGUCUACCUCAUGGAGGGGCAAGAAGAGGAAGCAGAAGACCAAACACCUGGACCCGGGCCGCGACUCGGACUUGAAGAGGAGCCGACCCGUCAGCCAGGAGGCCUUCGACGAGCGCUACAUCCGGCAGCUGCAGCAGGAGCGGCAGGACCGAGCGCUCGCCCUGAAGCUGCAGAGACAGUUCGACCUGGAGAACCAGAGCGUCGGCCGCCGCCGGAGCCCCGACACGUACUUCCUGCGGUCCUGGAUGUCCACGCAGAACCGCAGGAGGCGGGGCCUGAGGAGAUCCCGACGGAUCAACAAGAAGCACUAGAGAGGAGCCGCCGACGGCUCAGCACAAAGACGGACAGGAGGGAGUUCAAAUAUGCAAAGUGCCGAAAGGUUUAAUGAACGUAUGAAUGUUGCUCAGCUGCUGCUGAGAAAAUCCUGGAGACGACGUUUGUUCCAAACACCAGCAAAUCACCAAAAACUCGCUCACCGAACAUCGAGUCACUCAUCGGCCGACGCACGGACAGAUUUUAUUUAAACUGACGGAGUCGCAGCGAAACGAACCCAAACAUCCGUCAGCUUCCAGAACAGUCUGAUCGAUCAGUGAACCAGAGAUUAUCAAUCGGUCGACCCUCUGAACUCUGAGCAGCUUGUUUUUUACUCACCGAGGCUCAUUGUUCAUAAAGUCCUGCAGCUCUUUGGAACCAGAACAACACGGAGACUCAGAACUCUGGUGUGUUCUGCAAAAAGACAAAACAGAUAAAUUUCUUCUUUCUAAUUUGUUGACGUGUAACCAAGAUGUCUUCAAGUCUCACCAGGAGUCUCCAACAUCGGAUGAAGACGGCGACGCUACACGUUCUAGAUGUUGAACUGUUUAAUGCUUCCAUCCUGCUCCGUGGAAACGCUUCACUUCAUUCCUCACGUGAGCCACUGAGUCGCGCCAAAAACAAAUUGGUUUGUGUUUUUACAGAAUCGGAUCAAAUUUUAAACGAGACGUGUAGAAAUAAGAUUCUGAGCUCAGGUUUGGUUGAUUUUCCAAACUGGACCUCCACCGGUUCUGUGCAGUAGCGCCACCUUGCUGCUGCUCUUCAAACCUGCCGGCAGGUUUUAGGGUUCAGAGGGUUAAAAAAAACACACAAGUUUCUGCUCAAAGAAAACCACAUGUGAGGAGCUGGAAGCAGAGAAUUAAACGAUCGAUGAGUUCUGCUAGGUGCCGUCAGAACCGACCCGACCCUCUGGUGGUCGGUCGUCAGCUGAUGGUUAAAACUCACACAAUCUGCUGUUUUUAUUUAAGACGGAAACCUAAACGUCGAUAAGUUUGAUCCUGAACGCUGCGGCUUCAUCAUCGCCCGCUUCAUCCCGAGCUUCAAGUGUUUGGACCAGCGGGAGGGAACGGAACCGGUCGGGUUCCGCUGAGCUUUCCUGCAUCUGAGAACUUCUCUGUAGCCGACGGUCUUCCUGCCCCGUUGAGUUCGGAGCCGCCGAGGAUUAUGGGUACCGAUUGGUCGGGAAGGCGGAUCUGGAGACGCUGUGGUUUGAUUGGACGAGCUUCACGGUGACAAACCAACAAAAUGCAGUUUUUAGAUAAAGUGGAAGGUCGGACUGAGACGAGGACGAGUCGGUCAGUGUUAGACUUUAAUGUUUUUCAUUUCCAAGCCGUAUUCACAUGGUCCAGCCGACCCUCUGGACUCCACGCUGCUCUUCUGGGUCUUUGUUUUUGCUCCUGUUUCUUUUUUCCUCACUGUGGCUCAUGUUUCACUGCAGCAUCUCUCCUCAUGUACCCGUAUCUAUGGAAACAGUUAGAACGACAGAAACCAUGAGACGCUCACACCUGACAGAUGUCGGGGUUCAGAGGGUUAAAUCUGUGUUCACACAAACCACAACCCAGUGAGUUCACAAACAGCAGAACUUCAACUCAGACGUAAGGAAAUCAAAUUAAAUCAACGAGCUGAAAUCGUCGAGUCCUGAUCAGUGAAGCUUCUUGUUGUUGUGAUCUUGUGAUCCGUUUCAUGUCAUGACAUCAAACCGAUCCGUUUUUCUUUCUCCUGUGUGGCAGCGACACAAAACAAUAACUCUUGAAUGUUUCCUCUAAAACCCAAAGACGUUCAGCUCAUGUGGCAGAAACUUAAACUCUGAUCAAGUUGAAACGUUCCUGCUGGAUCUGAUCUUGUUUUCUGAAUCUCUGCUGCUGCCUCCGGUGUGAAUACGGCUUCUGUCCUUUACAUUCCUGCUUCCUGAAUGAUUUCUGAUUGUGAACCUGCGGCUGGUUUCCUCUCAGCCGCCGGCGAGCGACGGAGCCGAAGGGCUUUUGUUUCCUGAUUAUCAGAGCUUUACUCUCUCCGACACUGAUAUGCACAUUUCUCUGAAGUCGUACUAAAAAGCUUUCGUCCUCCAGUCCGACGGCAGAGCGCUCGAGUGCCAAAUGACGGACGGUUGUUCAUAGUUUAUAAUUCUGUAGUUUUGUAUGCGCGGCUGCUGGAAGAGAAACUAAAAGACUUCAAACA